UGCAAGUUUUCCAUAACCGGACCGGAUUCAGAUUUUGGAGCAAAAACCUCAAGCAUAGGGUUUAGACUUUUUAUUCGUUUUUCUGUUGGAGCAAAAACUUCAGUCAGAACCCUGCUUCCCAUCUUCUCUGAGCUCUCUAUAGAAUCAAUGGCGGCAGCUUCGGCAAAGGGAAAAGGAGGGAAGGCUCGUAAGCCUUCCCCUAAGAAGAAGCAAAAGAAGGAAUUCUUCUCGGAAAAGCCUCCGAAAGAACUUGAAGAUUCUGAUAGCCCAAGUGAAGAAGAAGAAGGAGAAGAAGAAGAAGAAGGAAAUGACUUUGGUUCUGAAAUUUAUUCUGAUGAAGAUGACCCUUUCGCUGAUAACUUCCUCCAAGGAAGCGAUGAAGCAGGGAAGGAAUCAGGUUCGGACUUAGAAUCUGAAUCGGACGAGUCCGACAUAGAGGAGAAGUCAAGGGCUAUUGAUGAAGAAAGAGCGAGGGAGGAAGAAGAAGCAGGGGCCGAGUUGCAGCUCAACAUCAAAGAAGAAUCCGAUGAGUUCCGCUUGCCCACUAAGAAGGAGCUUGAAGAAGAGGCACUUCGACCUCCUGAUCUUCCCAAUCUGCAACGGAGAAUAAAAGAGAUUGUUAGAGUGCUAUCAAAUUUCAAAAUUUUAAGGCAAGAGGGAGCUGCAAGAAAGGAUUAUAUUGAGCAACUUAAGUUGGACUUGAGUUCUUACUAUGGUUACAAUGACUUCUUGAUUGGUGUUUUGGUGGAGAUGUUUCCAGUAGUUGAGCUUGUUGAGCUUAUCGAAGCUUUUGAAAAGCCCCGACCAAUUUGCCUGCGGACAAACACUCUAAAGACUCGCAGACGAGAUCUUGCUGAUGUUUUAAUAAACAGAGGUGUGAACUUGGAUCCAUUAAGCAAAUGGUCAAAGGUUGGGUUGGUUGUGUAUGAUUCUCAAGUACCUAUAGGAGCAACACCAGAAUAUAUGGCUGGUUACUACAUGCUGCAAAGUGCAAGCUCCUUUUUGCCAGUCAUGGCCCUUGCUCCGCAGGACAAGGAAAGAAUUGUGGAUAUGGCGGCAGCACCUGGUGGUAAAACUACAUAUAUUGCAGCUCUUAUGAAGAAUAGUGGAAUAAUUUAUGCAAAUGAGAUGAAGGAGUCCAGGCUCAAGUCACUUACUGCAAAUUUACAACGCAUGGGUGUGACAAAUGCCAUAGUGUCCAACUAUGAUGGAAAGGAGCUGCCCAAGAUUUUGGGUCUAAAUUCUGUUGACAGGGUGUUACUAGAUGCCCCCUGUAGUGGGACUGGGGUUAUAUCUAAGGAUGAAUCUGUAAAAGUUUCUAAAAGUUCAGAAGAUAUUCAGAAGUGUGCUUUUCUGCAGAAGCAAUUGAUUCUUGCAGCAAUUGACAUGGUUGAUGCUAAGUCCAAAUCUGGGGGGUACAUUGUUUAUUCUACGUGCUCCAUAAUGGUUCCUGAGAAUGAAGCAGUUAUAGACUAUGCACUCAAAAAGCGUGAUGUAAAACUUGUGCCAUGUGGACUAGACUUUGGCCGUCCUGGAUUUACCCACUUUAGGGAGAACCGGUUUCAUCCAUCAUUGGAAAAGACAAGGCGUUUCUACCCACAUGUUCAUAACAUGGAUGGAUUUUUUGUAGCAAAGUUCAAGAAGAUGAGCAAUUCUAAGCCAACAACAAGACCAUCUGAAACAGAAGAAGCAGUAGAGCAGGCAACUGGGCCUAACGAUAAUGGAACUAAUAUAAAGAACAACCUGGAAGAAAAAUCUCAACAACUCAGAGUUCCUAGUGAUCUCAAGGAUAGGAACAAAAUGUCUGAUGGUGGCUUAGGAAAGAGAAUACCCAAGAAUGGAAAGGAUGAGUCUGAUUCCACAACUAAGAUGAAGAAACAGAAAAGGAAAUUCCCAUCUCGAAAAGAAAUUUCAAAAGCAAGAGAAGAAAAAAGAAAAGUUUUGAGGGAAAGUAAAGCUUCUAGCAAGAGGAAUAAGAGGGCAAAGACGGCCUAGUGAACUUGCAUGAUAACAUGAUUUGUGGUUGUUGGAACACAUUGUCUUCAGAUUCAUGAGGAUGCUAUUUGAAUUUCAAGUCACCAAAUGAAGAUACAUGAGCUCAGUGUACAUGGUAUUUCUAUGUUAUCUAGGCAUCUUCUAGUCUUUGUAUUUGUGUCAAAUUUAUCAACCUUUGAAUGAAAAGUCAAACAUGACAGCAUCCUUAUCAGAUUCUGUAUCUCCCGUAUGAUGUGGAAGGGGUAUUCUUGCUUCAUUCGGGUUCUACAUAUUCAUGUCAACAUGCUUGUAUUUGUUUAUUUCCCUGAAAAGGAACAGAUCGAUUGAAGUAGGAAUUCUGUUUACCUAUGAUACAGCCUGUAAGGUUCCCCAGUGAAUGGGCAAAUUUGUGGAUUAGAAAAUCAGUGUUUAAAACGUCCAGAUAUAUUUUUGCUAUUCCUA